AUGCCCAAGCGUGAGGCUGAGGCUGCGCCCGUGCUGCGUCGGAGCAAGCGGAACAAGCCGCUGGCCCGUGCGGCCCCUGGGUCCGCAACGGAGAGGGCGACUGGGGUGACGGCGACCAAGACCAAGACCAAGACCAAGGCCAAGACCAAGACCAAGGCCAAGACGGCGACCAAGACCAAGACCAAGCCCAAGGCCAAGACGGCGACCAAGGCUGUGGCGACCAAGAAGGGCAAGGCGACGGGCGGGACGGCCAACGAGCUCCGCGAUGCUCUGGCCGGCGCGUUCCCUGACCAUGAGGUGGUGGUCAACCCGCCGGCGCUGGUGCCGGCCGGGAGCCGCCCGCGGCGUGGCUCGUUUGAAAUCGUCCUCAUCGCCGGUGGGCCUGACGGCGCGCCCGACGAGCCGCUCUGGUCGGGCUUUGCCAUCAAGAAGCCGCCGCGCAAGGCCAAGUUCAUCGACCAUGACAAGGCCAUUGCGCUGGUGCAGGCUGCGCUGAGCUAG